UUCGGAAGUCGGGACUUCCGAACCGAACUUUCUUCCGAAGUUUCAUUUUUCAAACUAAUUGAUGCGUUGUUUAGCGCAUCUUUAGGCGAAUCCAGCGCACUACUUCCGAAGUUGGGAAAGUUGCCUGUAUCUGGAGAAAAAUCCAACUUCGGUAUAAAAACCGGUAAAAAUUUAUUCCGGAUAGACAAUAACGUUACAUUAAGUUCAACAAGGAAUCCCCCGAAAUGACGAUCCCUAUAGAUGUGCCUGUGCCCGUCACCAUUCUGCAAAAGGAGGAUCGUGUGAAUGUGACAAGAGAAGCAAACCAGUUCACUGUUGAUGAUGUCGAUGAUGUCGAAGAAAGUGCCAAAUCGCCGCCAGUGUUCCUGGACACGGUGAAUCCUCCGGGUGCAAAAGUCUACGCGAUGAACGGAGCCAGACGUGGAAAAGUGCUGAUCUACAACCAAGUCAAGUUCAGAAAUCCGGAUUACAGUGAGCGCAUUGGAACGUACAAAGACGUCGAACGGCUGUAUAAUGUGUUUCCCCGAUUGGGUUUUCUUCAGGAAGAUAUUAAAGUAUAUCAUGAUCUCGAGUACUACGAUAUUAUGCAAACUUUUAAGGAGCUUAGGCACGACAAAGAUCUGGAGCAAGCAGACUGUCUGGUGGUUGUCAUACUGACCCAUGGCGAGGAAGGUAACAUGUUGAUGGCUCAGGACGUGUUGUACCCCGCUUACAAUCUUCUGGAGAACUUCACACCAACGUCGCUUAGUUCUAUGGCCGGUAAACCAAAGCUAUUCAUUGUUCAAGCUUGUCGUGGCCAGAAGCUGGACCGAGGCGUUCAUCUGACAACAAAGCGGGAACCCAAUAACAACGUUAUCGAUUUUGUUGACUCAGCACAGUUAACAAAGACUUUCUCCUAUCCGGAAUUUGCCGAUUCCCUCAUUAUGACGAGUUCGCAUUACGGAUAUUACUCGUUCCGCAAUGAAACCGGCAGCUGGAUGAUUCAGGAGCUUUGCAACGUCAUCGAGACAUGUGAUCUCGAAACGUCUUCCAUCUACGAUAUACUGACGGAAACGAACAGUGCCGUAGCGAUGCGGGUCAGCUGUGCGAGCGGGAUCUUUAAUGGGGCGAAGCAAAUACCGAGCUUCUACUCCACGCUGACCAAGAAGUUGUACUUCGCACCAAAAUCAAACUCGUUUCUCCAUAGAGCAAUGCAGCAUUUAUCCGGAAUUCGAUUUGACACAUCCUGCCUAUUUGAUUAUUUCCGUUCUAAAUAACUCGAUCUUAUUAAAUUUACCAAUUUAAAUUUUCUCAAUAAUUGGAACCGUUCACAGCUUUCCAUUACCGGGAACAUGUAGGGUAGGGU